UGUGAGGGUGCGUAAUUUUCUGGAAACUAUAAGGCUUAUGUCUACGGUUGGACCAUAGGCAUGUUAUGGUUGGCCAUGUUGGAGGAGUCUUUUUGUUGUCGCGUGGUAGUUGGUAAAUGGGAGGAGGAGGAUAAGCAAUAGCUUUUUGUUGUGCACAAGUUAUUUAUAUACUAUGGACGGUCUUGGUAUGACAACAGGGCUUCGGAUUGAAGUCCUCAUAGCGUUUGCGGUAGCUGUGGGUUUUUUUAUCAUCGUUGGGCUGUCAACAGGGUUGUAUAACCACGUUCAAAGAAGAAGAGGGAGACCGGGUCUUUUCGCUUACUCACCAACAGUUCGCCCUUAUCGUCCAAACAGAAGGAAUCAAAGACCAAAGGGGUUGCGUGAGGCAGAGAUUCAAGUGUUAUGUCCAGAAAUAGAGUACAGAGGAGCUGAAAAUGAACCUCUGCUGGUUUCUACAAAAAACAGCGAAAUUAAUAAGACUGGCUCAGAUAAGGAAGGAAACGUUGUAAUUACUAUUCCAUCGGAAGUUGCUCGAACUGUACACAGUUCUUCCAGUUCAGGAGCACCUUAUUCUGCUCUUUCUUGGGAAACGGUCAAAGAAAGUAUUCCCUUCAUGUAUGCCAAAAGUAAAGGAGAGUCUGAUUAUAUAGACGGAGAGAAAUUACCUGACACGAAAGAGUUCUUUUUGGGUAAACACCUUAUACCAGAUGAAGUUUGUGCCGUUUGUUUGGAUACCGUGGAAUUGGGCGCAUAUUUGAGACUUCUUCCUUGUGGUCACGCUUUUCAUUCAAGCUGUAUUUCACAUUGGUUAGCUUCAGCGAACCGUUGUCCUUUAUGUAACGAACCUCCGUUGAAAAGAACUCCAGCAAGUGGUGAGCAGGUAACAAGUGGUUACCAUCCUGUAAAUAGGACUGUCAUUUCAUCGAGUACUGAAUCAAAUCAUUUAGAAGAUGUUUCAAGUUCUAAUGAAACGAUCGACGUCAACACUCUUUGUCAAACAUCUCAACAAGCUUUUGAAGAUAUUAAGCUUUCACUGGCACGAAGGUUUUUAGAGCGACAGAAGAAAGAACGAGAAAGUAGGGAAGUGGAGACAGAACCUUAUAAACAAUUGGCUUAAUGGGUCUUGUUGAAAGACACAUUGUGUUAUAAAUGUUAUACGAAGGAAAAGAACGGUGUGGAUUAUUUGUAGACUUUAUUGUGAUUGAUUGUUUUCAGACGAUGGUAAUUAUAAUAAACGAGUGUUGAAAGUG